AUGAAUAUCAAAAUGCCGGAGUUUGAUGUGAAGAAGUUUGUGAAAGGAGCUGGAUCUACGCUUUCCCGAGUAGUACAGCUCACUGAAGAGAAGCUUGGGACCUCGGAAAAAACCGAGAUGGAUGCACGCUUUGAGCAUUUAAGUGAGCGGUCUGACUCUGCAAAGCUUUGGACGGAAAAGAUUAUGCGGGAUACGGAGGCUGCGCUCAUCCCUAAUCCGGCCAAUCGAAUGGAAGAUUUCAUAUUUGAGAAGAUCGAAAAACAGAAACCAAAGCGCUUGAGUAACCUGGAAUAUUUAGGAUUGGACAUGAUUGAAGGCGGCGGUGAAUUUGGACAAGAUGGUCCGUACGGAAGUGCACUGAUCAAGGUUGGGCAAGCAGAGCAGAAGCUAGGUUCAUGCGAACGUGAUUUCAUCGGUUCUGCAGGGAUGUGUUUCAUUCAGCCGUUGAAAAAAUUUUUAGAAGGGGAAAUGAAAACUAUCACUAAAGAAAAAGGCGUACUAGAGAGUAAACGCUUGGAUUUGGAUGCAUGCAAAAAUCGGGUUCGCAAAGCACGUAGCAUGAUUGGCCAGCAAGCGAAGGAUGGGAUAUCGCCAGAAGUGACAUUAGAACAGGCCGAACGAGAUCUGCGAGUAGCACAAUCAGAGUUUGACCGACAGGCGGAAAUAACGAAAUUGCUGCUUGAAGGCAUAAGUACCACACAAGCUACCCAUUUGCGCUACCUGCACUCAUUAGUUGAAGCCCAAGUGCGAUAUUACGGCCAGUGCAAUAAAAUAAUGUCGGAUUUGCAGCGAGAGCUUGUUAGUCUUGGUGGACCGCAGCCGUAUGUUCCGGUGUCUGGUUACGAGGAAGAUGAUGCACUUGUCGGGCGAGUAAACAACAUCGAACUGGGGGCCAAUUCAGGUUAUCGGCGGGCUCGCGUGCUUUGCUCAUAUGACGCCAAAGACGGCACCGAACUGAAUCUCACAUCGAACGAGGUUAUAUUUGUUUGCGAGUGUAACCCACCAAACAGUGAUUACAUGAAUGGAAAACAGGGGCUACUUAAAGGACUGGUACCGAAAGCAUUCCUCGAGAUGUUGGAUGACGAUUAA